AUGGCUUUCAAUCAACCAAUUCCUUCUAUUUCUCAAUCUGACGCUACUGUAACGGUUCGAAUCAUUGAUACUGGUUCAAGAGCUAGUAUUUCUGCUUCUGAAUUCUUCGAGCCUACCAUACCUGGCCAUGAAGUUCUCGCCAAUUCACCUGCCUAUCCUUUUCUCAUCGAACACGGUUCAGGCCGCAAAGUCAUAUUUGACCUUGGUAUCCGCAAGGACUGGCGCAACCUUUCUCCAGCGCUGCUCAAGAUGUUCAAGCCUGCAGGCGUAGAGGUUCAUGGAGAUAAGGACGUCGUCGAUGUUCUGGAGGAGGGUGGCGUAAAGAAAGAGGAUAUUAAUGCUGUGAUAUGGAGGGAUCGCCCACUCCGUGGGAUCGACUUCGCCACGGAUGGGGUUUUGAAGCUUGGGCGCUUUGAUGCCUUAGACUAUUUCGAGGAUGGCAGUCUCUACCUGCUCAAUGCGCCAGGG